UUGGAAACUUUGACUGUUUGGCUCACAGGAUGGUGGAAAUGCUCCAGCACUUCCUGUGGCCUCGAGUCUGGGUUCUGCGAUAGGGAGCUGGGCUCGAGCCUUGCCUCCUCCACCGGGGACUGUCUGCACACAUCACCGAGUGACAGGGCUUGCUGGGAGGAAGGGAGCAGCCACUGGCAUUACAACAGCUGAAAAGGAAUUUGAAAAGCAAAUAUCCAGAAAACCAGAACAAGGGAGGAAGUGUGUGCAUUAGUUUGCAAAAUGAUGAACUUUCCAUUUGAAAUGCUGAUUCCCAAAGUGCAAGAGAGCUUGGAGUGAAGGGAAGAGAGCGAGUGGCUCAGCUCAGGUCUCAUCCUGUUUUUGAAAGAAUUUUUCCAGGAGGAAAAGGAAUCUGGAAUAGGCCCUGCUCUCUCCUCUCAGCAGCUCCCUUUCUAUUUCUGUCCAGUGGGAACAAAUGAAUAGCUGCUGCUUGAAGAAAUGCCGGAAGGUUUUCUGUGCAAAGAAUUCUGGAUUUUACAAAUGCAUCACUGGCUUGAGUAAUCCUUCACAUUUGUAAUUUUAAUCUUUGAAUUUGGUUUUAAGGAAAGAGUGGUUCAUUUAUUCAUUUACUUGUCUGAAAAAUAUUGAGUUGCCCUUUACCAUGCUGUCUGAUCAGGUCUGGAAAAACAGAGAUGAGUAAGAUAUGAGUAUUACUCUCAGGGAACUCAUAUAAACAAAUAGGAUAAGGUGUGGAAAAGUGCUCUGGUAGGUCACUGUAAGCACCUAAGAAGACAGAUUCAGGGCAGUUACUUCUAGCACGGGAGGCUGUGAGGUCAGGGAAAUCUUUAAGAGGAGCUGGUGCAUGAGAUUGGCAUUGAAAUCUAGAUGGGAAUUUUUGAAGCAGACCCAAUGGAAGGAAAGGACAUUGGAGGUAGAGAGAACAUUGUGAACAAAGACAGGGUGAAAGCAAGAGGUGAAGCCGACUGGGCUUCUGGGUUGGGUGGGGACUUGGAGAACUUUUGUGUCUAGCUAAAGGAUUGUAAAUGCACCAAUCAGCACUCUGUGUCUAGCUAAAGGUUUGUAAAUGCACCAAUCAGCACUCUGUCAAAACAGACCAAUGAGUGCUCUGUAAAAUGGACCAAUCAGCUCUCUGUAAAAUGGACCAAUCAGCUCUCUGUAAAAUGGACCAAUCAAUCAGCCAAUCAGCAGGAUGUGGGUAGGGCCAGAUAAGGGAAUAAAAGCAGGCCACCUGAGGCAGUAGCAGCAACCUGGGUCUUAUUCCAAGCCGUGGGAGUCUUGGUUUUUUUCACUGCUUGCAAUAAAUUUUGCUGCUGCUUGUUAUUUGGGUCCCUGUUACCUUUAUGAGUUGUUAACACUCACUACGAAGGUUUGCAACUUCGCUCUUCACUCUUCAAGCCAGGGAGACCACGAACCCACCGGGAGGAAGAAACAACUCCGGACGCCCUACCUUUAAAAGCUGUAACACGAACGGCGAAUGUCUGCGGUAUCACUCCUGAAGUCAGGGAGACCACGAACCUCCCAGAAAAAAGAAACUCCGGAUGCAUCUGAACAUCUGAAGGAACAAACUCUGGACACCAUCUUUAAGAACAGUAACACUCACCGCGAGGGUUUGCGGCUUCAUUAAGUCAGUGAGACCAAGAACCCACCAAUUCUGGACACAAAAGGACCUUGGCAGGCUCAGGAAAUGGCAAGCCAUUUAUGAAGAGGGAAGAGAUAGCAAACGUUGGUCUCAAGUUCUCUAGUUCUUUACCCAGAGAAUAGCUAGCUGCAGGUGAUCCUGAUUUAGUCUGGGGGUUCCUUUACGCAGUGCCACCAGCAGCUGCUGCAAAUGGACCAUUGACAGUCUUAAGGUAUAGACACGUGCGGCCGUUUAUGCUGUAGGAUCCCCAGUCCCACUGGCUUUGAACAUUUUGGGGACUUACAAUGCCGCCACCCGCGGACAUCGUCAAGGUGGCCAUAGAAUGGCCGGGCGCCUACCCCAAACUCAUGGAAAUUGAUCAGAAAAAACCACUAUCUGCAAUAAUAAAGGAAGUCUGUGAUGGGUGGUCUCUUGCCAACCAUGAAUAUUUUGCACUGCAGCAUGCCGAUAGUUCAAACUUCUAUAUCACAGAAAAGAACCGCAAUGAGAUAAAAAAUGGCACUAUCCUUCGAUUAACCACAUCUCCAGCUCAGAACGCCCAGCAGCUCCAUGAACGAAUCCAGUCCUCGAGUAUGGACGCCAAGCUGGAAGCCCUGAAGGACUUGGCCAGCCUCUCCCGGGAUGUCACGUUUGCCCAGGAGUUUAUAAACCUGGACGGCAUCUCUCUCCUCACGCAGAUGGUGGAGAGCGGCACUGAGCGAUACCAGAAAUUGCAGAAGAUCAUGAAGCCUUGCUUUGGAGACAUGCUGUCAUUCACCUUGACGGCCUUUGUUGAGCUGAUGGACCAUGGCAUAGUGUCCUGGGAUACAUUUUCGGUGGCGUUCAUUAAGAAGAUAGCAAGUUUUGUGAACAAGUCAGCCAUAGACAUCUCGAUCCUGCAGCGGUCCUUGGCCAUUUUGGAGUCGAUGGUGCUCAAUAGCCAUGACCUCUACCAGAAAGUGGCGCAGGAGAUCACCAUCGGCCAGCUCAUUCCACACCUGCAAGGGUCAGAUCAAGAAAUCCAAACCUAUACUAUUGCAGUGAUUAAUGCACUUUUCCUGAAGGCUCCCGAUGAGAGGAGGCAGGAGAUGGCGAAUAUUUUGGCUCAGAAGCAACUGCGUUCCAUCAUUUUAACACAUGUCAUCCGAGCCCAGCGGGCCAUCAACAAUGAGAUGGCGCAUCAGCUGUAUGUUCUGCAAGUGCUCACCUUUAACCUCCUGGAAGACAGGAUGAUGACCAAAAUGGACCCCCAGGACCAGGCUCAGAGGGACAUCAUAUUUGAACUUCGAAGAAUUGCUUUUGAUGCUGAGUCUGAACCUAAUAACAGCAGUGGCAGCAUGGAGAAACGCAAGUCCAUGUACACGCGAGAUUAUAAGAAGCUUGGCUUCAUUAAUCAUGUCAACCCUGCCAUGGACUUCACGCAGACUCCACCUGGGAUGUUGGCUCUGGACAACAUGCUGUACUUUGCCAAGCACCACCAAGAUGCCUACAUCCGGAUUGUGCUUGAGAACAGUAGCCGAGAAGACAAGCAUGAGUGUCCCUUUGGCCGCAGUAGUAUAGAGCUGACCAAGAUGCUAUGUGAGAUCUUGAAAGUGGGCGAGUUGCCUAGUGAGACCUGCAACGACUUCCACCCGAUGUUCUUCACCCACGACAGAUCCUUUGAGGAGUUUUUCUGCAUCUGUAUCCAGCUCCUGAACAAGACAUGGAAGGAAAUGAGGGCAACUUCUGAAGAUUUCAACAAGGUAAUGCAGGUGGUGAAGGAGCAGGUUAUGAGAGCACUUACAACCAAGCCUAGCUCCCUGGACCAGUUCAAGAGCAAACUGCAGAACCUGAGCUACACUGAGAUCCUGAAAAUCCGCCAGUCCGAGAGGAUGAACCAGGAAGAUUUCCAGUCCCGCCCGAUUUUGGAACUAAAGGAGAAGAUUCAGCCAGAAAUCUUAGAGCUGAUCAAACAGCAACGCCUGAACCGCCUUGUGGAAGGGACCUGCUUUAGGAAACUCAAUGCCCGGCGGAGGCAAGACAAGUUUUGGUAUUGUCGGCUUUCACCAAAUCACAAAGUCCUGCAUUACGGAGACUUAGAAGAGAGUCCUCAGGGAGAAGUGCCCCACGAUUCCUUGCAGGACAAACUGCCGGUGGCAGAUAUCAAAGCCGUGGUGACGGGAAAGGACUGCCCUCAUAUGAAAGAGAAAGGUGCCCUUAAACAAAACAAGGAGGUGCUUGAACUCGCUUUCUCCAUCUUGUAUGACUCAAACUGCCAACUGAACUUCAUCGCUCCUGACAAGCAUGAGUACUGUAUCUGGACGGAUGGACUGAAUGCGCUACUCGGAAAGGACAUGAUGAGCGACCUGACGCGGAAUGACCUGGACACCCUGCUCAGCAUGGAAAUCAAGCUCCGCCUCCUGGACCUGGAAAACAUCCAGAUCCCUGACGCACCUCCGCCAAUUCCCAAGGAGCCCAGCAACUAUGACUUCGUCUAUGACUGUAACUGAAGUGGCCGGGCCCAGACAUGCCCCUUCCAAAACUGGAACACCUAGCUAACAGGAGAGAGGAAUGAAAACACACCCACGCCUUGGAACCCUCCUUUGGUAAAGGGAAGCUGUGGGUCCACACUCCCUUCAGCAUCACCUCUAGCCCCGGCAACUUUCAGCCCCUAGCUGGCAUCUUGCUCACUGCCCUGAUUCAGUUCUUCGGCUCCACUGUUUCAGGUCCCUUCCCAUGGCUGCAGUCCACUGGUGGGACAAGAACAAAGCCCACUGCUAGUAAGAAGGCCGAAGGGCCCUUCCAUCCUAGCCCCCUGCAGGCAUGCCCUUCCUUCCCUGGGGCAGGAAAGCCAGCAGCCCCAGACUGCCCCAAAACUUGCCCACCAGACCAAGGGGAGUGCCCCAAGGCCCCUGUCUGGAGGAAAUGGCCUAGCUAUUUGAUGAGAAGACGAAACCCACAUCCUCCUUUCCCUUCUCUCUAGAAUCAUCUCGCACCACCAGUUACACUUGAAUUAAGAUCUGCGCUCAAAUCUCCUCCCACCUCUCUCCCUGCUUUUGCCUUGCUCUGUUCCUCUUUGGUCCCAAGAGCAGCAGCCGCAGCCUCCUUGUGAUCCUCCCUAGCAUAAGUUUCCCAAACAGUCCACAGGUCGCACGCCCACUUUGCGUCUGCACUGUGAUCGUGACAAAUCUUCCCUCCUCACCAGCUAGUCUGGGGUUUCCUCUCCCUGCCCCAGGCCAGAACUGCCUUCUUCAUUUCCACCCACGCUCCCAGCCUCUUAGCUGAAAGCACAAAUGGUGAAAUCAGUAGUCUCGCUCCAUCUCUAAUAGACUAAACCUAAAUGCCUCUAGGAUGGGCUGUUGCUAUCCAAGCGUUUGGUGUUACCUUCUCCUGGGAGGUCCUGCUGCAACACAAGUUCCACAGGAUGGUCAAGCUGUCAGCCAUCCAAGUUUACAUCAUUGUAAUUAUUACUGGUAUUUACAAUUUGCAAGAGUUUUGGGUUAGUUUUUUUUUUUUUUUUUUUGCUUUGUUUUUGUACAAAAGAGUCUAACAUUUUUUGCCAAACAGAUAUAUAUUUAAUGAAAAGAAGAGAUACAUAAAUGUGUGAAUUUCCAGUUUUUUUUUUAAUUAUUUUAAUCCCAAACAUCUUCCUGAAAAUAACAUUCCCUUAAACAUGCUGUGGAAUAAAAUGGAUUGUGAUGA